AUCACAGAAAUAUCUGGUGUGAAUCUGCAAGCCACAUAGACACACAGAGUUAUGGGACUGGCCUCAACCCCCUUGUUUCCGGUAUCACCAUCAUUUGUCACAGCUCCAUUUCACCGCCGCCUUCACUUCUCUACUUCCAUUUCCACGCCUCCUCAAAUUAGGCAAUGCAAUAUAAAUUUUUCAAGAUGGCAUACAAGAACUACAAUGGCCAAAGUAUCUUGUAGUGCAGUGGAAGUGGAAGAUGACAGAAAUGACGAAGCAUGUGAGUUAGUUAGUGGAGUGGAGCUGUCCAUUGGGGAAGGUCAUGACUGCAUUCAAGCUUAUCUCUUCAAGGCAGUGAAAAAUAACAAUGGAACUGGUGUCCUUUUGCUUUCUGAUAUUUUUGGUUUUGAGGAUUCUUCCACCAGAGACUUUGCAUAUCGUGUUGCUUGCAAUGGAUACAAUAUUCUUGUUCCAGACUUAUUUCGUGGGGAUCCAUGGUCAAAGGACCGGCCUAAGGCCAUGCUUGAACAGUGGAUAGCAAGACAAGAUGCCCAGAGGAUUGCAAAAGACAUUGCCACCUCAACGAAAUGGUUGGUUGAUGAGUUUAUGGCGGCUGGAAUUUCAAAGAAGCUUGGUAUAAUUGGGUUUUGUUUUGGAGGUGGCCGACUCAUAGAGUUUCUAUCGCGGGAUCAGGGUUCUUAUUUUGGCACUGGGAUCUCCUUUUAUGGUACAAGGAUGGAUCAAUCUCUGGCAUCUAAUGUCAAUGUACCUGUCUUGCUCAUCUCAGGGGAUAAUGAUCCUCUUUGUCCAGUUAAUAUUUUGAAGGAUAUUGAGAAGAGCAUUGGCAGGGGGUCCAGGGUGGUGAUUUUUAAGGGAAGAGGCCAUGGGUUUGCUCAUCGUCCUCUUUCCCCGGAAGAAGAUGCAGAUGCAGAACAGGCUUUUACAAUGAUGAGAAAUUGGCUGCAUGAUGGUCUGGUUGUAGACAAGUGAAUGCUUUCUAUAUUUAGUACAAUCUUCAUGUAUAUUCGUUUUACUGGUAAAGCUAAAGAAGAUAUUGGUACGUGUAGUUUAUCAUUACCAUUAUUAAGUAUAUUAUUAAUCUUAUGAUUAUACUAUUUACAGCA